UACCGGGCUAAACAUACGGCACGGUAAGGUACAGAACAUAGACAGCUCAGAAUAACAACAACAACAAAGGCAGCAAGUUUGCCAAUUAAAAUUCAAUUUUCUUUCGUCUGCAUAUACUUCCAAACUAAACAAAUAUGAGUAAGAAGCAGACGCCUAGUGAGUUUUUGAAGAAGAUUAUUGGCAGACCAGUGGUGGUUAAACUCAACUCUGGAGUGGAUUACAGAGGAGUGUUGGCCUGUUUAGAUGGUUAUAUGAAUAUUGCACUGGAACAGACAGAGGAGUAUGUAAAUGGACAGUUGAAAAACAAAUAUGGAGAUGCUUUUAUUAGAGGCAAUAAUGUACUGUACAUAUCUACGCAAAAGAGACGAGGAUGAUGAAAAGUUAUUGAACAAGUGCUGUUGUACAGUUUAUAAAUCUGGGAGAGAAUGAAUCAUAUUUCUUCAAACUUACUAAAAAAGGAAAUUAAACUUUAGGAAAACUAAUUUGAAAAGGGAAAGACAAAAAAAUUUGUGGCAAGAUAGUGAGACAAUUUUAGGUAAAUAACCAGUCUUGUUUGUAAAAACUGUAUUUAAUACUAGAACCAGAAAAAUUGGAAGGAUAUGAAAGAAUAGUUAUAAGAAAGUGUAAUAAUCUCAUUUUAAUACAAUAUUCCUACUGGUGUUCAGGAUUCUGUAAAACAUUGAAAGAUGUUAUUUCCUAUUCAAUGUGAAGAGAUAGAAAAAAUGAAGGAAGGAUCAUCCAUAUAAGGAAGAAAACAUAAAGUACAGUUUAAACAUAUAGCUAUGACUUGCUUUCUCACUGACCAGUUUUCACAGAAUUUUAUGUUGAAACAUAAAAGUAUACCACAAACUUUCUGUAAUUUUUAGACAGAUAUCAUUUGCAUCAUGAAUUUUAUAGAAAAUAGCGAAGUACAAAUAUAGUCUUUGAUGGUAGGUAAAUGAUUUUUAGUACAUCUGUCUCUAAAAUGCAAAAUUGUCAUGUCCUUUUAGAUCAUUUAGUCCAAUCCCUGCAUUUUAUUAUCAAACUAAAAUCCUUGUACAUGUAUCCUGUUUAUUCCAGUACUGUUUUACAUUUCAUUACGUCAAAUGAACAAACUUGGUCAAACCAAGUUUGCUUCUUGUUUGCUUUUUUCUGUGCAUUGCUUCAAAAGGAUCUCCUGAACUAGGUUUGUAAUUGUGUAAUUAUAGCUUGUUUUAUACAUGACAUUGAUUACACUAGAAACAGAAAUUGAAAUUUAAAUAUAUUUUGAGAUAGCCAGUGUUACCAAAGAUGAAAAAUGCUGCAUGGUAAUAAAUAUAUUUAAAUGCAGAUAUGUAAAAUAGAUAGUUUGAGGUUACAGUAUAUUUGUUAAAAGGAUGACAGUAACUGAUGGGAUUUCUUGAGCAACAAACAAGCUUACACUCAUCGUCUUGUAUCAUACCGUUUUCAUAUAUAAAAAUUGGUAAAAAUGUGUAAAAUAUU